GCGAAAUUGAACGUAAACAAAGGCAAGAUGUCGAGUCAGUCCUCAAAUCCCCCGGAAUUGUACGAAAGAACGCUCCAAGAUGUCAAUCAGAUGCUAAAAUAUGCAAAAAUAGACAAGAAAAAUUUAACAAAUAUCAACCAAGCAAUUUACUUCCCAAAAGACACGGGAGAGUUGGAAAACUUCAUGUUGCUUGAAUUAAACCCCAAUUUGCUCGCUGACGUCGAAAAAGGUGAAGAUUUCUACCUCAAAGGGGGUCUAAAUGAGAAAGCUGUGCUUUGUUCCGCCUCAAAAACGUACGACAUCAAAAUCGCCGAAAUUUCCAACAGCCUUCUCCUGAUCCCCGAUUUGAAACUUGCUCAAGCCACAAGUACGUCGCCCAUCAAAUCAGCGCAAGGCGGCAUGAACAAGUCUCUCGAGAAGAGUUUCGAAGACGACGAAGAAGAAAAUGAAGAACCAACAUCCCAAUUUAUGCCUUUUGACAGCAUCGAGCGACGCGAAGUGAAAAAAGUCUUCCACGAAUACUUUGAAUGCACGUUAAUUAAGCCUCGUUAUCGCAAAACGAUGGAUUUGCUUCAGCUCGCGAGAUAUUCGGGACCCGAGAACGAACACACCAUCAACAAAAAAUUACUUUUCACGUACAAUCAGCUUCUAGAUACGGCGCAAUGUAGCGACGCUGAGUUCACAGAAGGCUUGAAACUUCAUCGAGCGAUCGAUAUUGAGGGAUUUAUCAGAAUUUUGGAUCCAGCUUAUGAAUAUCGGAUCGUGACGUUGAUGGUAAAUUUGAUUUCGGAGAAUUCGUGGGCGCUGGAUGAGAUUGAUGAGGAAGUUACGAUUGCUUCGUUGGAAGGAUUGGCGCCGGAAGACGUAGUUACGGGAUUAUUUAAUGUUUAUACGGAGAAAAGUGAGAAGGAGGGAUUUUUCAAGUACAAAGAAGAUGCAGUUUCGAAGAUUUUGUUGAUGAAUAUCCUGAAACCUGGAUUGAAAUUUGAAUAUGGGGAGUUUAUGGAGACUUGGAUGAAUGCGAUGCCUGAAGGAAUGAGCAUUAAUGAAAACGUUCUCAAAGGCAUCGGAAUCAUCGACAAAACGGGAAAUCAGGAAGUUGUCAAGUCUCUUAAUGAAGAAGACAUGCCCACAAACAUUCAUGAUCGUCUCAAAAUCCUUUUUCGCACAAAAGAGCGAUGGUCUCUCGACGAAAUCGAGCCUUAUAUCGAAUACUUUACAACUCCGCAGUUAUCAGUUACGACAAUUUUAACCAAAUUCGCGCGAUCUCUCACUGUUAACGGCGUUCGAUUGUACGUUUCGAAGCAUUAAGUAAGUCAUGGUCAGAAAAAAAAAUAAUUUGUAAAUAAUAAAAAUUCACUUGUCGUUCGACCGACAAAAAAUUCAAUUUAUUUGCAAAAAAAUAACAAAAAAGAAUCAAUAAAUAAGGUAAUUCAUCACUUUCGGAGAAUUCGAACCAACAUUCCGUCUUCGUUAUAGCCAUAAACGGGCGGUUUGAUGGGUUCAACAGGUUGAUACCGCAA